AUCUUUCGCGAAGUAUCUCGAAACUAUAGACGCGAUUUCCCGAAGGAACGCACCUCCAAAUACGGCGAUUUCCAAUUGCCGAUGGUUUACAAGGAACGCCUCAUUGACGGGUGGACGAAAUACCCCGAUUUUUGGCGCAAGCUGACGAGACGAAGACAAUCGACGGCACGAGGUUGUAAAUUUACACUGAACCGAUUGUACGAAACGCCGAAUCUGCGCGACCAAACGAUUUACGAGUGCUCGGAAGAAAGCCAACCGAGCUCUCUAAGUUACGUUUACCGGAAUCCCCUGUACGCGCAUGCGCAAAAAACGCCACCGUACGAUCUGUAUUCGGCGCGUCGGCGUAAACUGGCGGCGACUGGGAAUAUUUCGACAAAGAAAGGUUUGAAAACGGAGAAAUACGUAAUCAGACACGUGAAAGUGCGUAUAAUGCUCUCGCUGCGGAUCGGUCAGAAACGAAAACCGAAGAAAAUGACGUCCACGAUGGGCGGGGAACGAAGACAAUCGAGUGACCGACGAUUUUCGACGAAAACACAAACCGUGAGACACGGAAGGUUGAACGUGUUGCGUUGGUUGCUGUGGGAAUCUGGAGACGGCGCCAUGCCAGCCCUUGAAAAGGGCGGUUCGGCCGUAAACAGCGACGGCAGUGGCGCAGACGAGGCGCAUUCUCACCGGGGUUCGACCACGCUCGCGCUUCACUACGCCGCCGCCAGGGGGUGUUUGGACUGCGUCCGUUUGCUAGUGGACACCUCCAAGGAGUUAAGCGCCAACACCCAGAUGGACAACGACGUCACCCCGGUUUAUUUAGCGGCACAGGAAGGUCACCUGGACGUGCUCAAAUUUUUGGUGACGGAAGCGGGCGGAUCGUUGUACGUCCGCGCCAAAGAUGGCAUGGCGCCCAUACACGCGGCCAGUCAAAUGGGCUGUCUCAACUGCGUCAAGUGGAUGAUUCAAGACCAGGGGGUCGAUCCUAAUCUGAGGGACGGUGACGGCGCGACGCCGCUGCAUUUCGCAGCUUCGCGGGGGCACCUGGAAACCGUCAGAUGGCUACUCAGGCACGGCGCCAGGCUCUCGCUGGACAAGUACGGCAAGAGUCCGAUAAACGACGCAGCUGAGAAUCAACAAGUAGAGUGCUUGAACGUGCUGGUUCAACAUGGCACCACUCCGGACUACCAAGAUUCGGAAAAAGAAUCAGCAAAAAGCGGGUGUUCCUGCUGCAAGAAGGGAGAACGCGUCAAGAGGUUGGCAAUUAAUCAGGGAGGUAGCGUCGGCAGCGAUUGCUCGCGAUGCAAGCCGAAAAUCGAUGGGUUAAACGAUACGGAACCAUUUUAUCUCCAUCCACCGCUCAAUAACAGCAGAAGCUUGGAACCGGCUCACGCCCCCGAAAACGGACUCUAUAUCAAUCCGAUGAACAAACACCGACACAGCGCAUCCAGUUGUUCGGAAACGAGCUCCAACGACAGCAUCAACGGCGAGUCUUUCUACCUCCACAACCCCCAACAGGUCAUCUAUAACCGCGUGAAGGACUUAUUCGACACCAACGGAAGGAGACAGUCCUUAUCCGGACUUACCGUUAAGGUGGAAGUGCACUCUUCGUCCUCGGGGGCGGGCUCGGACGAAAACCUGUCCUCGUCCGAUUUGUCCUCGGUCAAGUCCAACGAGCACGAACACGACUACGAGGACAUUUACUUGGUGCGGGAGGAGUUCAAGAAGCGAGAACGCAACGAAGCGAACCGUAGGUCCAGAUCUACAGACUCGGGAUCGCACAGUAGAUCGGGUUCCGUCAGUUCGUCUAAUUCGGGCGGCCACGUGACCGUGAAAAAAUCGAACGAAUUCCUGCCGAAGCCCCAGCGCAUCGAGAAAUUCGACAAGAAGGCAAACAAUGCGGACCAGUCGAAAAUUCGACUCGCCGAAAACAACGGCGUACCCGCGGAAGACGAGCCGGACAAAACGACGUACAACCCCAGCCACACUCUUCCCGCCCCCCCUACACACAACAACAAUAAAGCGCUGAAACGGGUCAGUUCGGUGCCGGUCGAAAUCGGCCCUCCCCCGCCGCCGCCGCCCCCGCAACCCGACUUACCGGCGCAGAGGGCCCCCGAAAUCGUCGAAGUAGUGGAGGAACCCACCCUGAAACCGUCGGAUAUCGUUAAGGCCUCUCGACGUCUAAACGCGUCCUGCUCCGACUUGACUUCGGUCACGCUAGCAGCUGAAGACGGUCCCGCGAGGUCUAUCGUCGCCGCCCCCUGCAACCGCCAGCGCGUGCUGCCCUUCGUGCCGCCUAGCUUCCCGUCCGCUGACCCGAACCGCCUCAUCAAACCCUCCGAGUAUCUGAGGAGUAUCAGCACGGAGAAACGUACCGAAACGACUUCCUUGGAACCGGCCUAUCAGACCGCCAUCCAAGCGGACGUCGAGGGGUCGGACAGGGCCGGGAAAAAAGACGAUAGCGGUGGCGGUUCGGGACCGCCGCCGCCGCCCCUUCCCGAGUUUAAUGGUGAUUUGACGCAAACCGCCAACCACAAACCGAACGCGAUGGAGCAUCACCAAGCGGAACGGAGCAAAAAACAACCCCUAUCCGCGAUCAGCAUCCAGGACCUCAACUCGGUACAACUGCGCAGGACCGACAAGAUGGUCGCUUCCAAGACGUUUUCUGCGCCGACGCGUAGCGUGAGCCUCCAGUGUUUGUCCUCGACCACCGAGUCGUUCAUGGCUCAAAAAACGGACCUGAUCGCCGAACUCAAAAUGUCGAAGGACAUUACGGGAAUCAAGAAAAUGAAAAUCGAAAAGGCGAAGACGAACGAGGUCAAAGAGAAAGAACUUUACGUGGAGAUCUCGAAGCAGUUCACUGCAGCGACGUUCGUCGAGAAGAUUCCUGACAAAGACAACACGGGUAACCUAAUUCCGGCUUGGAAACGGCAAAUGUUGGCGAAGAAAGCCGCGGAAAAAGCUCGCAAAGAAAUGGAAGACCAGUUACAGCGCGAAGCGGAAGAGAAGCGGCUGCAGUCGAUACCACCGUGGAAGAGGCAACUGCUGGCCAAAAAAGAGGAGACGGAAAAGCAAAUCAGGCAAACGAUUUACACGCCGCGAGUGGUGGACGAGCCCAAAAUCACCAAGCUGACGCAAGAAAACUACUCCGGUGGACAGUCAGACGCCAAGGCAACAUUGGGAGACGAAAACAACAACAACGACGAUGACGUCAUCAAGAUGGAUCAGACCAGAGGCUCGAAUGCCGAGAGGGAUUCGGACGAUGAGUCCAGGAUUAUCCCGUGGAGGGCUCAGCUGAGAAAAACGCGGAGUUCUCUGAAUUUGCUAGGGUAGCACUUAAUUUAAUAUCAUUUUCGUUUUCUAAUAGUUUUUACGAUUGUUUUAGGUAAUACGCAGAAUUUCUCACGGUUGAUGGAACGUAGAAAAUUGCAGAAAAUCUGUUCACGUAGAUUUUCGACCCUAUUGUAAAACCUUUCCCCAUUCCUCAUCUAAGUUCUUAUUUCCACCUUGCACAGAUAUAAAAAAAAUUCUUCAGAAGUCACCGCCGUGCUAAUUACCCGGAAAGUCCCGGGUUCAAAUCCGAUUGCGGGCAAGUUUUUUUUUUCUCUUCAAAUGAUUAAUUUUAUUGUAUUCUUAUCGCGUGACUGCUUAAAUUUAUUUUAAAUUACUGUAACUGCAGUUUUAAAUGACGAAAAUAUUUAUUUCUAUUUCCAAUUGACACAGGUGACGGAUGUUGAGUGUUUUCGGUGAACGAACCAAGAGAACUUUUUCAAACUCGAUUUGCUUUCUUUAUUUUCUUUCAAGUUCGAAUCCCGCGGAACAUUUUCAAUAUUAUUAUUAUCAGGAAAAAAUCAAAGUUCAAGGUACUUUACGAUACACGCGGCAACACCGCGACAGUUGAAACCCCACGUGAAUAAAUUUUCGGCAAAUUCUAUCAACCGUGGAUGAUUAAAUAUGAGUCAUUAAUUGUGAUUUUGUUGAAUCUAUUUGUAGGUAGCGAGUUAUUGUAUCUGAAACUAUAUUUUAACCAUAUCGAAAGGUUUAUACUUAUAUCGUUAUUUUAUCAGCGAUUAAAUUUGAUUUGUCGCUCUUUUUCAGUCGCUUAACAUAUUUUAGACGUAAUGUGUAUAGUGAUAAAGUUGUUUUUAU